CAGGGGGAGAGGGUGCAAAGGGUCAGAUGCACCCCCAAUUUGUAACAAAUAUGUCCAAGUACUCAUACUCUUGAUCCCUUAGUACAAGAUGCGUGAGGUUAUCUCAGUACACAUUGGGCAGGCUGGAGUUCAGAUGGGGAAUGCAUGCUGGGAGCUGUACUGCCUUGAGCAUGGUAUCCAUCCUGAUGGUAUGAUUCCUGAUGAUGAACAGAACGGAAUCAACGAUGAAUCCUUCAGCACGUUCUUUAAUGAAACCGGAUCUGGGAAACAUGUUCCAAGAGCUGUUUUCGUAGAUUUAGAACCGAAUGUUAUUGAUGAGGUUCGAACUGGUACCUAUAGACAGCUAUUUCAUCCGGAACAGCUGAUUACUGGCAAGGAAGAUGCCGCAAACAAUUAUGCAAGAGGCCAUUACACAAUAGGGAAAGAGCAGAUUGAAGUAACAAUGGAUAGAAUAAGAAGAAUGGCUGACCAAGCAACUGGCCUACAAGGAUUUCUUAUCUUUCAUUCCUUCGGUGGAGGAACGGGUUCUGGGUUUGCUUCUCUGCUCAUGGAGCGCCUCUCAGCAGAUUAUGGAAAAAAGCCAAAGCUUGCAUUUUCCAUUUAUCCUGCUCCUCAGGUUUCCACUGCUAUAGUGGAACCUUACAAUGCUGUUUUGUACUCCCAUACCACCCUGGAGCAUAUAGACUGUGCAUUCUUAGUGGAUAACCAGGCUAUUUACGAUAUUUGUCGAGAUAAUCUUGGUAUAGAGCGUCCAACCUACACCAACCUUAACCGUAUAAUUGCACAGAUUAUCUCCUCAAUAACAGCAUCUCUGAGGUUUGAUGGAGCCUUGAACGUUGAUCUAAAUGAAUUUCAGACCAACUUAGUUCCCUAUCCUAGGAUUCACUAUCCCCUGGCCACAUAUGCUCCAAUGGCAUCUGCAGAAAAAGCCUACCACGAAACAUUAGCCGUAGACCAAAUUACAAAGGUCUGUUUUGAACCCAAAAACCAGAUGGUGAAAUGUGACCCAAGAAAAGGAAAGUACAUGGCCGUCUGUUUGUUGUACAGAGGGGAUGUUGUACCAAAGGAUGUAAAUGAUGCGAUUGCUUCAGUAAAAACUCAAAAAUCUAUUCAGUUCGUGGACUGGUGCCCAACCGGGUUCAAGGUUGGAAUUAAUUACCAGCCUCCUACGGUUGUUCCCGGGGGGGAUCUUGCUAAGGUUCAACGUGCAGUAUGUUGUUUAUCUAAUACAACAGCAAUAAUGGAAGCUUGGGCUCGUUUAGAUCAUAAGUUUGAUCUUAUGUACGCUAAGAGAGCUUUUGUUUUUUGGUAUGUUGGUGAGGGUAUGGAGGAGGGAGAGUUCUCAGAGGCUCGUGAGGAUCUAGCUGCUCUAGAGCUGGACUAUCAGGAGGUUGGUACAGAGAACUAUUCAGAGGAAGAAUAUGAGGAAUGAUGAAAAAUAGAAAUAUUUUGUGAAACUAAAUGUGAUUUUAUUUAAACAAUCUUAAUCAUUAAAAAUAUUUGUUGAG